AUGCUGACGCAGUAUGACAUGGACUGCCCCGCUGAUACGGCACUUUCUCUCCUCACGCUCAAGCGCACCCACACUUGGCUUGAGCACCUAGUCACCGGGGAUGAGAAGUGGAUUUCCUAUUCUAACAUUCAGCCGCGUGCCCAAUGGGUUGACAAAGGUACGGAUGCAGAAGACGUCCCUAAACCCAACGUACACGCCAAAAAGGUUGUGCUCUGCAUCUGGUGGAGCGUGCACGGCGUCAAAUACUGGGAGCUGCUCGAUGAGGGAUGUACAGUGACCGCAGACGUCUACGUUGAGCAACUGAAGAAUUUGAAGUCAAAUCUCGAAACUGCACGUCCGCAACAGCUCGAAGUCUACUUCCACCACGACAACGCUCGGCCGCACAUUGCAAAAACGACCAAGGCGGAACUGACGAAAUUCGGUUGGAACAUUUUACCACACCCACCGUAUUCCCCAGAUCUAGCUCCCUCGGACUACCACCUUUUUUCCUGUCUUCAACGUCAUCUGGAUGGUCAAGACUUCCAAACCCGCGACGACAUCAAAAAGGCCCUCGAGCAGUUCUUCAAGGAGCAGUCCCCAGCGUUCUGGAGCAAAGGCAUCUACGAUCUGCCUAAACGUUGGCAGAAGACCAUCGAUGCCAAUGGGGCAUACUUCAAAUGA